AUGUCCUCCUCCUUUUCCUCCUCCUCCGAUGCGAACGAGACUCACAACAACACUACCACUAAAAAAGUCUACCGUCACGUCGACGUCGUCUCGUUCGCGGAUUUGUGCCUCGAAGCGGACGUUAUUUUGGAAUCUUCGUUGAAUUCCAAUUCGGGAGCCGCUUCUGCGCGUUUUCAUCAGAAUCACUUUCCCGAGAAGAUUAAGAAGACUAAGAAGAGUGAGAGCGGUCACAAUAUACCAAAAGAGGUAGCAGUGGUGUUCCCUCGAUCGAUGACAAAACGAUUGAAAUCUGCGUUCGCGCUCUUUAGUUCUUCCUCUUUAAAUGAAAUGCACUCGAACGAAUGGCUCGACCUCUUGCGACGGUCCAAUUUGCUUUCGAAUGGUUUCUCGGACGCGCGAGCGAGGAGAUGCUUUGAAAACAUCAUUUUUGCCGGUGAUAUUACUCCCGACGACGAGGACGAGGACGAGGAUGAAAACAACGACGACGAAAGGAGAAGAAGAAGAAGAGCAUCAUCGAUUAACUUUGAUCAAUUUUUGCAUUUGCUCGCUCGUAAGGUGGCGAAAGCGUACGACGUGGAGGCGAAAGUGGUCGGGAAGAGAGUGGUGGCGACGGCGUACGCGAUUGAGAGGAGGAGAGAAGAGGAGGCGCAGAAAGAAGAAGAAGAAGAAGAAGGAGAGAGUGAUGAUAGUGAUGGGUAUCGGGAGUACGACGGGUACGAGAACAACGUCUUCUCAAAUCGGCGGCGCGCGAUGACGACGAUGCCGCCUCCCGCGACGACUCAUCACACUACCGCCGCCGCCGCUUCGUCUUUGGGGGUUUCGUCGUGGAGAGUACGAGCGGCAGAGUACACGAAUAGAUAUAGAAAUAGCAACAACAACGAUAUCAACUUUGCGCGCGCGUUGAUAGGAUACCAAAACAACGAGGCUGACGAAGACGCCAAAAUCGAGGACAUCCUCCUCGAAGACCGAGUCGCGAACGCUUUCGAAACGACCUUUUGCCAAUCCUCCUCUAAAACGACACGAACACCACCAACAACAAUAAACGAACGCGAAUUCGUCAAAAUAUGCGCCGCCUGCGCUUUCAUCGGCAACGGUUUCACCGCGUCUAACUGCUCGGACCUCGCCUUUGCCGUCGGUCGCGAAAGAAGACAAAGAAGAAGAGGAAGAAAAGGGGAAGAAGAAGACGAAGACAAAGAAGGACUCACCGGGGUAGAAAUUGAUGCUCGCGCAUUUCUCGUAGGUUUGCGCGAGAUAGCCUCGGUGCACGACGUCUCCUUCGCAGACGUCGCCGAAAGAGUCUCGCGGUUGUUGUCCUCGAAUUCUUCGUCGUCUUCGCGUCGUCGCGGAGGACAAUCGACAAAAAUUUCAUGGGGGUAA